UGGCUAUGAACCAUGAUCCUCAGCUCUCAGCCUCCUGAGUAGCUAGGAUUGUAGACAUGAGCCACCAGCACCCGGCUACUAGUGUUUUAUUCCAUAUUAAUCUCUCUGACUUUGACUUUGUAAUAGCAACUAUUUCAAAAUACAGCAUUAUCCUGAAACCCCCUAUCUGCCUCUCUGGUUUCCUGAAGCAAUGUAUUUCAACAUAACACACGCACUAAUGUAACUUUAUUUUUCUGAAGUUUAGCUCACUUUCUCUCAACCCUCCCUAGUCUUACAAUCUAACUACUUAAUAUAUAGGUAAAUGGUUGAUUUUGUGGAUAGGAAAUUUUCCCAUGUUUAAAUUUGGGAGUUUUCUGUUGAUUUCUCGUGAUCAACUAUUUCCUAGAAAGGAAACUUUGAGUUGUUGUGUCAGAUACCAGAACCCAAAUCUAUCAUGUGUAGCUUCUGGAAUCUUGGAACUAAAAUCAAAGAAAGAGUCAAGAGGCAAAAGUGAUGCCUUAUUUAGAACUUGGCAUAACAUAAGAUUGAGGUAAUUGGCAAGAGGGCAUUUUAUUGAGAUUUUCUGGGGAUUAGUAAUUAUAUGACUAACAAUUGGAUGGAAGAAUGUUUCGAUGUCAGAAUCCUGUUUUCACUGGGAAAGGAGUUGAGUUUUCAACUAGUAAAGGAAGACAGAUGGUACAUCUUUUCUUGCCAUUCAGUUUUGCUUUUACUAAAAUUCCUUUGGGGGAAAAUACAGAACUAAAAUGUGAUAGUAAUUAAAACACUAAAACUUUUCCACUUUGCCUUUUUUUUUCUACCCUUGUGCCUGUAAAGUGAACAUUAUAAGCAUUUGGCUAGAAAAUAAAUGACAGUAAAGCUCUAUCCUGGAAAACAUGUACUUAAUUUUUUCCCAAUCAUUUAAAUUCUCCUAUCAGUGAAGUAAUAUCCCGAACAAUAUGGUAUUUUAUAUUUUAAAUUAAGGCUUAUGCUCAUAGUUAAUCUCAGAAAUAAGUAGCUUAUUUCUAUGACCCUGUUAAGACCUGGUAACCUGUGAAGGAUUAUGUGUAUCUGUACAGAAGAAAUGAGAAGGCGGUGGUGAGUAACUUUUAAGGAAGAAUAGCAUUAACAUGACCAGGGACCCAUGUUUCUAUCAGAUUUCACAUUAGGAAAAAAAGACCAAAGUUUGCACUUCCAUGUUAAUCAUUUCAUACUUACCGUUCCAUUGCUUGCUUAAACUGUGAAGGAAGCAUGGAUGGAGUAACAUUGCUGGCAAUAAUAGGGAAAAACAGCAGUGUGCUUCUCCUUUCUUUAAGCUUUAGAAAAAACUUGGGCAUUAUAGUAUAGUUUAUUAUGGAUUAUGAUCAUGACCUUAUAUUUUAUCAAUUUGUUAUCAACUGGUGCGUUAUCCUUUUAAGACUAUAACUUGGUAAGGAAAUAAAGACAAGUACUAGUAGAAAUAGCUACUGUUAGCUUUAGGCUGGGUGGAAAGAUAAGGUUUGACUUACUAUAUAAAAAAUAUUGAGAUACAAUAAGGGUAAUAUUUUUCUUCUUCCAAAGCUGUCAAUCUGGAAUGUAGAUUUUGUUGUCAAACACCAGUGAUGCUAUUUCACCUACAAAAUAUAAACCCUCACUGGAUAGAAUGAGAGCUUUGGAUUUACAUGAGAAGUCAGUGUCUCCCUUUUGCCCUCCUGCCUCUCUCUAUCCUUCUCCUCCUGACACACCCAUCAGCCCCCUCCCAACCCUAUCUGUCCUCAGGGGUUCUUCUCCUCUUUCCUAGUCAGCCAGUUUCUUUACAGUGUCUUGAUUUAGGCUCAUUGAACCUUUCCCAUUAAACACAGAGUUAUUUAGCUCAGCAUUAAUUUUGUCAGGAGUGUUGCAUUGCCUAAAAGCCAAUGCCGUGUGGUAAGUGAACUAAUAUAAAGGAAUGAAGUGCUAAUGGUGUACUCUCCUGUACUCAAAGAGCAGAUGACGUAGAUAUGAACACCUUAUCAAACCUCCACAAAAACUACCGUGAAAGCAACCAGCUAUUUUGUUCAUGUGAAAUCAGAUCCAUACACAAAAGCAAAAAGACAAUCUAUGAAGCAUUCAAAUAUUGCCAAGUUGGUUUCUAUUGGAUGUGUUUGGUUUUGAACCCUCAGCUACCCCAAGGCUGUUGCUAUUCAGGGCAACAACUAUCACUCACCACUCCCUUGCAGCCUGUAUGCUAGAUAAUCAGGAGGUAGAACUGUAAAAAGGUUUCCUAGUGCUCAGCCCUAAAGCUGAUAUGGAACCUGCAGCAUACUUUUAAAAACCCUUGGUGAGCUGGAGGCUCUUGUGAAAAUCCACAUCAUGUUGCUGUCUAAUUCUUUAUGGUAACCACAUUCAUACUUCCACCCCCAUUUGCUGCUUAAAGUAAAGACUGAGGUUUAGGGAUGUGGGAAAUUUGACAGAUAAUGCGGCUAUUCCUUAAGUGCAAGUAUUGCUAAGUUUUUGUCCAGUUCUUAGAGGGUUAAAUUCUCUCCUGGGCUCUCCAAGCCUGUCUAAUCUUAUCCUAGAAAAGUGGAGCUCUGCCUUAGUUUACAGUGGAGGUCACCGGCCGGGCACUGUUUGGACAGGGACUGAUGGAAUCAUGCUGCACUGUUAACAUUAAAUACCACUGGGCUGCUGAGAGCUGAUGACGGCAUCAGAGCCCUUUGACUCCUGGAGGGCACUAUCUAGAAAUCUAUCUGUGAGAUGUGCUGCACUGUGAAACAUCCCAAGGAGUCGGCUUGCCUUUUAUCAUUGAUUGAAUUUGAACAAAAGCUGUUUGAAGGGAUUUAGCAGAGUUAAGAAACUGUUUCUAGGGAAUGGGAAAUGGAGAAGAGGACAGAUCUUUGCUGUCAGAGUCACACAUCCAAGCUCAGCUCACCAAGGUGACACAGCGUCUCCUUGAGGGGAAAAGCUGCCAGAGGCUCUGAAAGCGAUCUGCUGUUUUCUCCUCACGUUGACGUGCAAGGAGGCACUGAUGUUUUCCAAACAAUCAAAUCCUUGUGGAGGGUUGGUUUGCUAAUAAUGUAGCCUAUCUAUGUUUCUGGAAGGAGUUGGAAGGAGAAAGGUGACAUUUGGCAGCUCAAGUGGGUGAAAUUCAGCAAUCUGUCAAGUUUCCUACUCCUAGGCAUACAUUUGCUGUUUCAAACACAGUGCCCUCUGCUCACUAUUUUGAAACUGUUCAUACUAACAGAAAGUUUGAGCCACUCCUCUACUCAAAGUUCCGUGUGUGUGUGUGUGUGUGUGUGUGUGUGUGUGUGUGUGUGUGCUUUUCAGGAGUGACAUACAACUCUGCUGCUUAACCAGGGCUAUAUUUAAAAGCGAAAUUUCAAGGGAGUGUUUCUUCCACUAAUAAUAAGAUAAAGUCGGAGUGAAGCAAGCUCUGUCGCAAAGGGCAAGUGUCAUGCUGCAGGAAGUCCUGGCCACCCCUUCCAGCCCGGCCUCAGCCAGCCUGCCACUGCUCUGUCACUGCAUACCACCACACAGAAGAAAUGCCCACACUCAGCGACAAGUGCCUCCUGCUGCUCACAGGGCCCUUCAGCCCCACAGUCCUGCACCAGCACUGACUUCCCUCUGGUCCUGUGGAUCUUGGCACCAUCUUUACAAAUGGCUUUUGUGGGGGACCCUGUGGGAGUCACAGCACCAGGACCGUCUCCAAGAGCCAAAUCAAGAUUGCGUUUCUCGAAGUCCUACAGUUUUGACGUGGACAAUGGCACAUCUUCGGGACGGAGUCCCUUGGAUCCCAUGACCAGCCCAGGAUCUGGGCUCAUUCUCCAAGCAAACUUUGUCCACAGUCAACGCCGGGAGUCCUUCCUGUACCGAUCCGACAGUGAUUAUGACCUCUCUCCAAAGUCUAUGUCCCGGAACUCCUCCAUCGCCAGUGAUAUACAUGGAGAUGACUUGAUUGUGACUCCGUUUGCUCAGGUCUUGGCCAGCCUGAGGACUGUAAGGAACAACUUUGCUGCAUUAACGAAUUUGCAAGAUCGAGCACCUAAUAAAAGAUCACCCAUGUGCAACCAACCAUCCAUCAACAAAGCCACCAUAACAGAGGAGGCCUACCAGAAACUGGCCAGCGAGACCCUGGAGGAGCUGGACUGGUGUCUGGACCAGCUAGAGACCCUGCAGACCAGGCACUCUGUCAGUGAGAUGGCCUCCAAUAAGUUUAAAAGGAUGCUUAAUCGGGAGCUCACCCAUCUCUCUGAAAUGAGUCGGUCUGGAAAUCAAGUUUCGGAGUAUAUAUCAAACACAUUCUUAGAUAAGCAACAUGAAGUGGAAAUUCCUUCUCCAACUCAGAAGGAAAAGGAGAAAAAGAAAAGACCAAUGUCUCAGAUAAGUGGCGUCAAGAAAUUGAUGCACAGUUCUAGUCUGACUAAUUCAAGUAUUCCGAGGUUUGGGGUUAAAACAGAACAAGAAGAUGUCCUAGCCAAGGAACUAGAAGAUGUGAACAAAUGGGGUCUUCACAUGUUCAGAAUAGCAGAGUUGUCUGGUAACCGGCCUCUGACUGUUAUCAUGCACACCAUUUUUCAGGAACGGGACUUGUUAAAAACCUUUAAAAUUCCAGUAGACACUUUGAUUACAUAUCUUAUGACCCUUGAAGACCAUUACCAUGCUGAUGUGGCCUAUCACAACAACAUUCAUGCUGCAGAUGUUGUCCAGUCUACUCAUGUGCUAUUAUCUACACCUGCUUUGGAGGCUGUGUUUACAGAUUUGGAGAUUCUUGCAGCAAUUUUUGCCAGUGCAAUACAUGAUGUAGACCAUCCUGGUGUGUCAAAUCAGUUUCUGAUCAAUACAAAUUCUGAACUUGCCUUGAUGUACAAUGACUCCUCUGUCUUAGAAAACCAUCAUUUGGCUGUGGGCUUUAAGUUGCUACAGGAAGAAAACUGUGACAUUUUCCAAAAUUUGACCAAAAAACAAAGACAAUCCUUAAGGAAAAUGGUCAUUGAUAUUGUUCUUGCAACAGACAUGUCCAAACACAUGAAUCUGCUGGCUGAUUUGAAAACUAUGGUUGAAACUAAGAAAGUGACAAGUUCUGGGGUUCUACUUCUUGAUAAUUAUUCUGAUAGGAUUCAGGUCCUUCAGAAUAUGGUGCACUGUGCAGACCUCAGCAACCCCACAAAGCCUCUGCAGCUGUACCGCCAGUGGACAGACCGGAUAAUGGAAGAGUUCUUCCGCCAGGGAGACCGGGAAAGGGAGCGUGGCAUGGAGAUCAGCCCCAUGUGUGACAAGCACAAUGCGUCUGUGGAAAAAUCACAGGUGGGCUUCAUAGACUAUAUUGUCCAUCCACUUUGGGAGACAUGGGCAGACCUUGUACAUCCUGAUGCCCAGGACAUUUUGGACACUUUGGAGGACAAUCGGGAGUGGUACCAGAGCACAAUCCCUCAGAGCCCCUCUCCUGCCCCUGACGACCAAGAGGAGGGCCGACAGGGUCAAACUGAGAAGUUCCAGUUUGAACUAACUUUAGAGGAAGAUGGUGAGUCCGACACGGAAAAGGACAGCGGAAGUCAAGUGGAAGAAGACACUAGCUGCAGUGACUCCAAGACUCUGUGUACACAAGACUCAGAGUCUACCGAAAUUCCCCUUGAUGAACAGGUAGAAGAGGAGGCGGUAGCAGAAGAAGAGGAAAGCCAGCCGGAAGUUUGCGUCAUAGAUGACUCUUCUCCUGACACGUAACAGGGCAAAGACUCUCACACCUUUUAUUUUUUUUUAAAGUAGAAAAAAACAUCAUUGUUUCCAAAGUGCAUGUCACAUGCCACAACCAUGGUCACACCUCACUGUCAUCUACCAGGACGUUUGUUGAACAAAAACUGACCUUGACUACUCAGUCUGGCGCUCAGGAAUAUUGUAACCAAUUCUUUUCAUCUCCCAUGUCCGGAGAGCAAGGGGGACAUCUUCACAAACAGCAUUUUAGCCUGAUUUCGGCUCCCUAGAGCUGACAAAGCAGGUAGAAUCAACUCCCAAACGUCUGUAAGGGAAUGUGGCUCAUCACGCAGCCCAAAAGUGGAAGGGACUUGGGUUCCUUUUCUCAUUUGUGUGUCACAUUUUCAGAAAUAAGAAGGCAUUUCAUGGGUGGAUUGAACUCAAUUAAUAAAGCAACAACAACAACAACAACAACAAAAUGUCAUGAAGGGGACACAGCAUGAAUCUGUUCCCAGGAGUAUGAGCCACAGGAAUUGCAUAAUUUUCUAAUUUCAAGUCUUCCUGAUACGUGACUGAAUAGUGUGGUUCAGUGAGCUACACUCACCUCUACAUUUUGUAUGAUAUGUAAAACAGAUUUUUUGUAGAGCUUACUUUUAUUAUUAAAUGUAUUGAGGUAUUAUAUUUAAAAAAAAAACAACUCUGUUCAGAACUUCAUCUGCCACUGGUUAUUUUUUUCUAAGGAGUAACUUGCAAGUUUUCAGUACAAAUCUGUGCUACACUGGAUAAAUCUAAUUUAUGAAUUUUACCUGCACCUUUACAGUUCAUAGCAAUUAACUGAUUUGUAGUGAUUCAUUGUUUUAUAUACCAAUGACUUCCAUAUUUUAAGACAGAAAAACCUUAUGUUGCAGGAAACCCUGUUUGUAAGUCUUUGCUUACUUGCUUUAUUUUUUUCCCACUAUUUCCUAGUCAGCGGAGUUGCUGUCUACCAACGUCUUUCUUCACAGUGUCCAAAGUGAAUAUUUGUUCUGUAAUAUUUUGAUGUGCAUUAUGUCAGAUGUGUCUUAAGUCUCAUAGCAGUCCAAUCAUCAGUUGGCAUCUGAAUCAAAUGGGAGAUGUAUAAAUGCCCAGUAGCUAACAGUGUGUCUUUUUUAGGUAUUUUCCCACUUACUGUCUUCUGAUGACUUUUUGCUGUGUCAAGAGGCAUGCAUUCCACCAGUGCAUGUCCUUGUAAUAACCUACACAUUUCAUUCUCAUCCUUCCCCUUAUGUUGCUUUAUUAUUUGAUAUGCGCUUGAACUAAUGUCCAUACUCAGUGGCAUCUUACCAAGCAUGUCACCACCAUUCUUAUUGAUGAUACAGUCAUGUCAGGGUUAGCAUUCAUUUCUCCCAUGAAGUUGUAUGUCAUGACUAGCUUUUACUCUGAAUUACAGAAAAAAAGUUAACAGCUAGCUAGGUGAUUUUACAAAGUCCUCAAAGAAUAUAUUAACAAACACCAGUACUAUUUUCUCAUUUCUGUGAUUUUUACCAUAGGAUUUAGAACUACAUGAGAAAUAUUCCAGGGAAGAGAUUUAAAGUAUAACAGCUACUCUUUGUUAGUGGAUAGCUGUGUAUCAUGUAGGAACUGCUAUAUCACUUAUCAUUGACCCAUAGGCUUGUUGCGUGGGGUGGAACUAUUUCCAAAAACACAGCGAGGGUAGAGCAAUUAAUGCAAGCCACCCAGAGAGUUGGACAUGUGAUACAGUAUAAUGUUCAGCCUAAAGAUUGGAGAUCACUCUUAACUGAUUUCAGCAUCGGAAACGGUACUGGAAUUUUGGAGAAGACUCCCCAGUGUUUUAUCACCCUGAAGAAGAUUUAUAUAGAAACUUCUCAAAGAGACUUCUGAGGGCUACUAAUAUUCCUUAGCUAACAGAACUGACCCACAGUGAACACAGUUCCCAAUUCCAGUCUUCAGAAAUCCAUCAGCCGCUCCUUUGAGAGAGAAAUUGUUUCUCCAAUCUUUUACAUGGGCCAGAAUCAGAUUCUACUCAUUAAUUAUAGGGUUUCCACAUACGUUCCCUUGCUAAAGGUCAGAGUAAUCUUUCAUAUAGAAGCCUAUGUCUGACCAAAUGGUUUCAUAACAACAGCUGGGAACUUGUUUCUCCUUUUAUUUGUCCUGAGGGAGAUCUAGAAGGAAAGGCAGAGUCUAGGACCUACUCCUCUUUCCACAUCGUGCUCAUUUCCUUCCCCACCGUACCCUUGCUGUUGCCCCCCACAGAGUGCCUGGAAUCUUUAUAAUGAAAUAACAGUUUUUAAGCAGCAAUAGGUCAUAAAUGAAUCCACACCUGAAAAGGUUUAUAACUGCACUAAUGGAAGCUUUUUUUCCCCUCCAGUGUGUUGGCUUUUAAUGGUACCAUGUUGUAACAACGCCCAUCAAUGGACAAUCAAAUUGCAGGAAAAAAUAAAAACACACAAUAUCCAAGAUUUAGGGACUAAUACAUGAUCCAGUCUGCUUUCCCUCUCCCUUUUCAUUAUCCCCCAGCCCUGUUCUCUCUCACCAAAGUGUGCUUCAGAGAUACACACUGCUGAAAAAAAACACCACAUCCUUAUCAAAUGACUUUGCAUUUCCUAAAAUGCCAUAAGAAAAUGCAACAUCUGGGUUUGGAAUGGGGGGGAAAGUCCAAGUUUGCAUAAGACCAGUACAUUUCAGCUUGCAAGUUACUGAACACAAAAAAAAUGCUAUAUGGAUUUUGUUUCACAUCAGUUAAAAGUUACAAGAAAAUAAUGUAGAUAGAACAAAUUGCAGACAAGGAAAAAAAACUUGAAUGAAGUGGAUUUUACAGAAAGCUUUAUGAUAAUUUUUGAAUGCAUUAUUUAUUUUUUUCUGCCAUGCAUUUUUUCUCACCAAAUGACCUUACCUGUAAUACAGUCUUGUUUGUCUGUUUACAACCAUGUAUUUAUUGCAAUGUACAUACUGUAAUGUUAAUUGUAAAUUAUCAGUUCUUAUUAAAACAUCAUCCUAUAAUGGGAUGGUGUUGAUAUAUUUGGAAACUCUUGGUGAGAGAAUGAAUGGUGUGUAUACAUACUCCUUGUACAUUUUUCUUUUCUUCUGUAAUAUAGUCUUGUCACUUUAGAGCUUGUUUAUGGAAGAUUCAAGAAAACUAUAAAAUACAUAAAGAUAUAUAAAUUUAAAUAACAUAGCUGCAGGUCUUUGGUCCCAGGGCUGUGCCUUAACUUUAACCAAUAUUUUCUUCUCUUUUGCUGCAUUUCAAACUAUGGUCGUGGUAGGCUAGGGCUGGGCAUUGUCUAUCCAGACUUUCAAAUGAUUCAAUUUCUGGCAGUUACUAGAUUUGACAAAACCCACAGAUCACCUCUAAAGGAUCAUGUGACUCUUUUGAGAUAAAAGCUUUAAAAUACUUCUUGCCAAGGAGUGAUCUUGUGUGGAUGGUAACUUUUUCCAGCUGUCAAACAGAAGCUACCUUUGCUUUCUAUUUUCAAACACAACUGUGGGAAUAUUCCUGUCCAAUGAUUAUAGAAAGGUCUUUUGUCUUCUAGGAAUCAUAAGAAAUGGAACUUGAUUUGGAACUAGGCAACUCAUUUCAUUGGUUUAUCUGUUCAUCAACUUUCAUGUAAAGAGACGAUAUUUUUUUUAAAAAGGUGAUUGGUUUAUUUCUUGAAUUUUUUCUCUUAAGAGCAAGCAAAUUUUUAGAUGUACAUGUAAAUGUGCUUAUUUCAGCAGUAAGUUGUCUAUGAUGCCAACUUACACAAGUAACUCUUCUCUAAAAUGUGGUUCUGUAAAACAUACCUCCAUUUAGGAUUUUUUUUUUAAUUUAAAUUUUCACAUUGGUCAGCUCCUGACAGCCCUGGAAAAUUCUGAGUGAAUAAUGUGGAAAUCGCUUCUCACUGCUGCUCAGCCCUUGGAACAUGUGACUUAUCUGUGAAAGGAAGGAUACUUUUUCUAGGAAAAAAUGAGCCUCCUAUUAUUUUAUUUUAUUUUGACACAUACUGUAGAUUUUAGCAGCCCUGGCCCAAAGGAAUUCGAUUACUUUUGUUUUAAACAGUAUAAAUGGGACACUAUAAUUACAAAAUACAUCCUUUACUGAUUUUAGUUGUUUUUUUUUUUUAUUUCUUUGGAUAUGUUUUCAGAGUGGUAAACUGUGUGUGAGCAUUACAAAUGAUGAUUCUUUUAGUAGUUUCUUAGCCUCUCUUCCAGCCCAUGGGGAUAGUACUGUACAUCUAUACCUUCCUAUGAAAUUUUUAUAUGCAAUGAAAAUAAAAGCAUGGGUUGAUUCUGCCUA